AGCGCCAAGUUGAAAAGGGACGUUACUGUACAAUGUUGGAGGAUGACUUUUCUGAGCUAGAUCUGAACAGAAGUACUGGAUGCAUCACUAAAGAGUCUAAUAGCCCUAGUUUAGGCUUCAACUCUGGCUACGCGCAUGAGGUAGCUGUUCCACAUUUCAUUCCACCCACUAACGCUGAGAAAGAAACGUCAGUAUGCGCGACAUCUAGUGAACCCCUAGUGAAGGUCACCAGUCCUGCUAAGGUUGGUGAAGGGAUUUCCUCCUACAUAGUUUAUCGUGUCAAUACACAGUUUCUAGAAAAAGAAUUCUCAGUUCUUAGGCGGUUUUCUGAUUUCCUCGGACUGUAUGAACGAUUAGUUGCAAAGUAUCUUCCAGAAGGGGUUAUUGUUCCCCCAGUACCUUCUAAGGAUAUGCUGGCGACAACUAAAGUCAAAAUAUCUAAGGAUGCCUCAGCCGAAAAUGAAUUUGUUGAACGCCGUAGAAUGGCACUAGAACGGUUUCUUACACGAGUCCUGGCCCAUGAAGUUUUGCGUGCCGAUGAGGACCUUCGGGAGUUUCUUCAGUACGAUGGAGAACUCCGACGCGCGACAAAUACACAGUUGUUAUCUGGAGCUGCGGCAAUUAAAGUGAUGAAGAACAUAGGAGAUGCUAUUGGGAAGCUCACAUAUAAAGUUGACGACCCAGAGGAGAACGCUUCUGAGGAGUUUUUUUUUCAAAAAGCUGAUGAAUUGGAUAGUUGGGAAAAGCAACUUAAGCGUCUCUACUCGGCUCUUCUCUGUUUAGUAUCAGGAGAUAACGAGUUAGCAAGUGCUAAAGCUGGUUUAUCCCGCUCAAUUCUUCUGCUGGCCAACGUAGAAGAAAACACUGGUUUAGCUCAAGCUUUACACCAUCUUGCUGAAACGGAAGGGCAUGUUGCUGAACUGCAUGCUCUACAAGCAGAAGCACAUACUUGUCAUUUGGCGGAAUAUGCUAGAGAAAUACUUGGCAUGGUUCAGGCAUGUAAAGAUGUAUUAAGUGAACGUGUUCGCAUAUAUCGUACCUGGAAAACUGCUGAAGCCAAUCUUCGUUCGAAGCGUGAACAGAAAAUUCGCAUGGAAAUGUCAGCUAAAAACGAUAAUAAAAAAAUGGCUGUGAUCGUAAUGGAGUUAGAGGAGCUUGAAAAUCGUGUAGAUCAAGCUCAACACAAAUUCAAUAAUAUAUCAGAAAACAUCAAAAAAGAAUUCCAGAAUUUCGAUCUCAAUCGUUUCACCUAUUUCAAACAGGCUACCACAGAAUACUUGGAGUUACUGUUGCAAAUUCAAAUGAAAAUCUAUCAAUACAGUACUCUUAACGAAAUUCCUGAGUUGUGAAGUUGUAUCUGGUUGUAGCAGGUAAUGCGUUGAAGAGUUCUUUUGUUCGAUAUCAUUCAGAAAUCUGUCAUGACCCUUGAAAAUAAAUGGUUGUCAAUCCACAAAAUAUUCUUAAUAGUUCACUUACAACUUGACUGAGCAGAUAAUAAUCAGAUUUAACUGGUGACAUACAAAAGCUUGAUUCACUGCUAUAUCCGCCUAAUCAGUAAUAUGUGUAAUAUCUGUUAACCUGGGUAAUACAAGCAGUAAAAUUGGUGCCAGAAAUUCUAAUCACUAUUCAUUGUUGUCUAAUUGUAAACGUAUAUGUUAUAACAAAUCGUGAUUUUGUUCUUUACUGUCUAGCAGAUUAACCUACUUUUUGUGCAAUUUUCUCUUUGACUGUGCAUCACAAAUUAUAGAUAUUAGAAAAUUGGGAAAAAUAUCUGUCUCAUGCAAAUGGCGUCAAUUGAAUCUACAGUUUUCCUGAAUUCUCAUUUCUUUGGUCUUGGAAUUUAUUGAUUUUGCACAUUAAUUCAAUGUUUCACAUUUUGAUAUUGUUUGAUUUGAUUUUGAUUUUUCUCUGCCUAUUUCUAUUUCACUCACGUAAACACAUACACACACACACAACUCAUUUAUACUUACAUUGUAUUCCUAGCACUUGAUUCCAAUUCACUUUUGGUUGGGGAGGUUGUGAUAUACAUAUAUUAUACUUGUUGAUCAUUCUGUAUUUUAUGUAACGUUUAGGGGAUUGUUGCUAAUUUUUGGUAAUAAUCCUAUGCGAAGAUAUUAAAACAAAAUAAUCAUAGUUGCUG